AUGAAGCGUUUAAAUGAGGUAGAGGCAGAAUGUCGAAAGUAUCUUGAACGAGUCCAAGAACUAGAAAAUAAAUUGGACGAACAAGUGCAACGCAGUAAGGAAUUUCGAGAGUCGACGGAGCGUCUCACAGCUCUUGAGAAAGAGAAAAUUGAACUUCAAAAGCGUAUUGACGAGCUUAGUGAAGGACUUGAAAUGGUCACGCUUGACUUUGAAAUGGCAGAGGAACGUAUUGAGUCCCUGCAACAGGAGCUCCAAGCCGCACGCGAUGCUGCAGAUGAGCUGAAGCUCGAGCAAGAAUACCAAGUGGAGUCUGCCAAAUCAGCUAUGCCUGCUGAUGCAGCUGUGCUAUUAGAACAAAAUGAACGUCUCAAAGAAGCUCUAAUACGACUGCGUGAUUCGGCUCAGGAAACUGAUACAAAACAGAGGAGAGAGCUUGCUUCAUUGCGAGCAGAUUUAGCAACAAAAGACCAAUUGGAGCUGGAUUAUGCUAGUGCUCGAGACCAACUACAACGGGCCGAGACAGUAGUUGCAGAACUUCGAAUUCAGGCGGAUGUUGCGCAUGGCGCCCAGGAUAUGCUGGAGCAGCUGUCAGAAAGAAAUAUGGCUUUGGAAGAACGUGUUGAGCAAAUGUCGACAGAAAUCCAGGAACUUGAAGCACUCCAAGCAGUGAAUGAUGAGUUGGAGGCAACACAUCUUGACACUGAAGCCCAGUUGCAACAAGAACUGGACGCGCGCGAUGAUAAAUUGACGCAGUUUGCAAACGAAAAAGACACACUCCAAAUGCACUUGGCUUCUCAUGCUUCUACCAUCGAGCAGUUUCGCACCCUGGUCACGGAGCUAGUGAAGGAACGUGAUACAUUACGUGCCAAGUGUAAUGCACCCCCUGCGCCCGCUCUGUCCGCACCAAUCCCUGUUAUUUCUCCGUCCAAUUCGGUCUCAAUGUCACUACCCGAAUUGGGGCGGCAAUCAUCCGCGCUGGUACUUCAGGCUACCCCGCUAGCUGAUGCUGUGUUGAACGAUGAAACUACUUCAGUUCUCGAUGCAAUGCCGGAUCUAUGUACAGGCAUGCGCAAGCUAGUCGAUGAAGCAGAGCAAGUCUUAGCAGGGGCCAUGAGUCAAGACCAUGUUUUAACCAUCGACGAUAUGCCUCCAUGGGAUGUCAGGGCUCGUGCCAUCUACACAGAGCUUUGCGAAGCUCGUGAUGCUGCGCAAGCACGUCAAUGGAAAGACCGACUCGAAAAACUGGAACAAAAACUGCACGAGAGAGAGAAGGCAGCCGAAGCAGCAAGCGCAAGAGAGGCUCGCUUGCAGCAUCAACUUGAGAAGAGUCACACACAAGCUACUGAGAAUAUGAAUUGGCGUCAAGAAGUGGAAAAACUGCGUGCCCAGCUUGAGAAUGCCCAAGAAGCGACAGCAGAACCAAUAUUUGCGACUCAAAAUGUGUCCACAGAAUAUGUAUACCCGAGAGGAAACGCACUGAAGCAACUGCAGGCCGAAAAUGCUGUGCUCAAAGCAAAAGUUUGGCUGGAAAACCUUGCUGUUUUGCCCGUUUUACCGGUGUACAGACCCACUACCACGAUUCCUGAAUCCGAGUCUGUUUGGAAAUGCGCCAAGGAAAUGGCAGCAGCCCCUCGAGUGGUGGAUUUGAGCUCGAAGUUCCCACUAUCAGUACAGUACGCACAAUUCCAGCAAGAACGAGAACGUUUGGACAAAUGGGUAGCUCAUUGGGAGGCGUGCUGCUCGUAA